AUGCUUUUACGCCUCAUGCAUCUCUGGAUCUUUGUGCGCCACGCCCUCAUGGGUUACGUCGAUGAUUUUCUUUUCAUCCAGGACCGGGAAUGCACCCUGUAUUCAGCUUCACUCUUACUUUGCUUUACCUCCAUAUUUGGCGUACCCCUCAGCUGGGCCAAGUUACAGUUGGGGAGCUGCAUCACCUGGAUCGGUUGGACUUUCAACUUUACCAGUGGCUCGUUUCAUAUUCCCCAAGAAAAAGUUGAUAAGCUUUUCAACUUGAUCAAAGAGGUCACACGGUCCAGGAGAGUUACAAGUGCCUUGCUGCACAAGUUGGUGGGACUUCUGCAGUGGUUCUGCCAGCUUUACAGAUCCUGCAAGCCUUGGUUAGCAGCGCUUUUCUCGGACCUGCAUCGACACUUGGCAUCGCAGUACAGCAUCUCGCAGGGACUCUGGCCUUCUUUGGCUAACUACCUGGAUGAUGACCUUCGAUUUACUUCUGUACCUCCAGGCACUCAAGUGCCCCUCGGGGGCAAGUUGCUGGAAGCUCGUCGCACAGAACUUAAAACCAAGCUAGACCUUUGCAAGGUCCGUACUUCCAAUCGGAUCUGGAUGCGAGUGACGAAUCCUAAAUCCGACCGACGUUCUUUGUCACCAGCCUCGCGAACCUUCCUUUCGUUCUGGAAGGAAUGGUGUCAGCGGCCUCAGCCUUACACUGCUCUUUCAGUCCCUUUGCGACUCCAGGUCGAGGCCUUUGCGGAUGCAAGAGCAGAUGGAGAUCUCAUCGGCAUCGGCGGGUUUAUUGCUUUUCCAUCUCAGAAGUGCAUUUGGUUUUCACAGGCCUGGCAGCUUUCAGAUUUGUCCGUUCUUGGCCUUGAACUCCGCCGACCUGCGCACAAAGAUAUUGCCUGUUACGAAACUUUGGCACAGAUUGCUCUGGUACACGUGUACAGAUCUGUCUUUCCUUCAGGUCGUGUGGCGGUGCGUUUGCCUUCCUUUUCUGACAAUGCCUCAACCGAGGCUCUCGGAGCGAAACUUUACACAUCUAAGUGGCCUCUGGGAGCGUUUGCUCAGAAACUUUCCCUGAUAUCAGCAGCGUCGGGGAUCGAGCUGGAUAUCUCUCACAUUGCCGGUGAGAAGAACGAUGAUGCAGAUCUGUUGAGCAGGUGGAAUCAAACUGACGCUUUACCUGAUAAGUGGAAGAUAGAAGACCGGGUGGAUUGCUCUCUCAAGUUCAUCUGGUUCUUUCGCAAGGAGGUCCUGGUGUGGCCUUCUCAUUUUUCUUUGCCAGCUGGGACACAGGAAAGACAUGUGUCAGAUGAUGACUUGUGA